AUGGUCAAGGCGGAUAUCAAACGGGACUACUAUGCGGACCUGGAACUGCCCUCCACCGCGGACACGGAAGAGAUCAAGAGACAGUUCCGACUUCUGGCGAAGCAAUAUCAUCCCGAUCGCAAUCCCGGUCAUGAAGUCGAAGUCGUUCCCAAGUUCCAGGCCGUCCAAGCCGCGCAUGAAAUCCUCAUCGACCCGGUAGAGAAAGCCAAAUAUGAUGCUGGUCGGGCAAGGCUCGCUGCCAAAACUGCGGCAGCUGCAAACACGAAUUAUACCUCUGACCCCUACAGCUACACAAGGCCUACCAAUCCCAAACCUGCUCCUACCGCAAAACAUUCUCCCUUUCCACCACCGCCGAAAUCGACAGCACAGCGCCCGCCCCAGCCGCCGAAUCAGCGACCGCCGGCCUCAGCUGGAGCCGACAAAUUCAAUGCAUUCACCCGUGGUGCGCCGUCAUGGGAUCGGGCAAAGUACGACGAAGCGAGAGCAGAGGCUGCUGCAAGGAUGUUUCCCAAUUUGAGACCUACGUCGUCCGCACAACCGAUGCCACCACCACCCAGAUCGACACCCCGAGCUCCCACCGCGCCCAAAUCUUCCUCCACGUCAGACAUGCCGCAUGUUCCAAACGUCCCCCCGACAAGUUUCCCGGGCAUGUCGAGGACGGCGAGUUCAAGAGGCAGCUAUCAAGCCGGCGACACACAGCAAGGUCCUCGGUCGGCAUUUUCAUAUGUUUCCGGGACACGCGGGCCGCAACAGCCCAAUCCUCAUAUCAAUGUGCAAGAAGCCUACUCCAUGCGAUCACCACCAGUCUCCAGGGUCAGACCCUCGGUGAGCCCUCUGCGCCACACCAGAUCCUCAGACUAUGACAUGAGAUACGAUCUUGGAGCUCGUCCACCUUCAAGAUACAGUGGUAGUGGAGGGGAGAGGACAGAUCUUCAUGGGGAUGGCCUGCACCGCUCGUCAAGCGUUCGUAACUCGCCCGUCGAGGAUCGAGGCCCGUUCGGCAGGUCGACAGCUCGAUUUGAGAAUCUGCCUCGGCAUCGCAGCGCAAGUCCUGGUAUGAGAAAAGGUGGAGUUAAUGCCGAAUUUUCAGAGUCAUCAAGCAGUGAGGACGAGACGUUGCAUAUGGAUUCGCGGCCGAAGGCUCAACCUCGAACCACCCGGCCCCAGAUGCGUUCAAACCUUAGCUACGACACCUCAAACAACCCAGGUUUGACGGGUCAAUAUCCCAGUACUAACUACAACAGAAUCGUUGACGAGAGCCGCUAUCAGUAUCCUCCUCCCGAAGCGAGGGAGCCCAGUCGCAAGCCUUUCCCGGAUGUCGCUCCCUUGGAUCCCGAGAAGCCCGACACGUUGCAUGGCGAUGAAGGAGGACAGGAUAAGCCCGAGUAUGCCCCCCUUUUGAUGGAUCCCCACGCAUGGUCCCAGACUUUGAGUCGCGGUCACAGAGAGUCUUCUUUCAAUGGAUUUCCUCCGUGGGCAGUUCCCGCGAGCGUCUUCCCCAAGACGAAGCCUCCCCGGCCUCACGACCAGCAGAGUCACAUGCCCACGAACAGUGAUCGUUUUGUUCACAAGUGGAACAAUAGAGCUGACCAAUAUGUUAGUGAUGCAUCCGCCCAUCCGAGUGCGCAGUCAACCUUCGAUGCAGCCAAAUGGCAUGAUGAGCUGAAGUCAGACAAUAUCUUCCGGCCUGACGAGACGCAAAUGCGGAAAUCGCCGUCCAAAACCAGUCGGUCUACUGGCAAACCGGCCACGGGAAGGGGAAGAGCUCAAUCUCGAGCCACAGAAGAUCCCGUCCCUCCCACGGAACCUCCAAAUGGCGGCAAGCACACGGCAUUCCAACCUGGGAAGCUAGCAGAUGAUUUUGCUGCUCGAGCGACAGGCAAAUCAAGAAAUGCGCGCGUAUCCCCUGAUUCAGAUUCGUCGGUGGACUCUCGAGAUCGCUAUGUGGUGGUUGAGGAAGACGCAAUGGACGUUGAUACCCCACCAACAAACGGGCACCAUCCUCCCGUCGCCAACGGUGUUAGACCCGCUACGACUGAGUCACCACGUGAGCAAAAGCGACGAUCGUCGCAGGGAGGAGUUGAUCUGAAAGAUUUCACUCAACAAGCACCAUUUGCGUCAACAUCUGGGGGCCUUGGAGGCUUGAAGGACGACCUGGAAACCCAUCUCCCCUUCGAAUCUCGCGCGGCCAAGGAUGUGAACUUGGACCGGACCAUGUCCGCACGAAUACGAGCGCUGAACCUGCCGAAACCACCAAAACCUAUCGUGCCGCCCGCAGAUGACCGGCUCGAUAAGGCCAACUUCGACCAAUACGUGCAGCACAUGCAAAAUUAUAUGCGCGAGUGGAACCACUUCAACGCCAAGAUGAUCGAGCAUUUCCGCGCCCGGCAAGAUAAGGUCUGCGGCACAAUGAGCCAGAAUUGGAUCGUACAGGUUGGUGAUGGACCCGACGCAGAGUCGCUGGAGCAGGAUGAGAAGGGGGAUAAACAGGCGGGGUACGCGGCGUACAUGCAGUGGUUGAAGGACGAUGCACAGUGUCGGGAUUGGUGGGAGGAGGCGAAUGAGAAGCAUAUGAGGUGCUUGGAGGAUUUGGGGCGGGCGAGGGAGGCGGCGAAGAAAAGGCUGAGGCUCGCAUGA